AUGUCAGAUAAUCAAGAAAAGUGAGUUUAGCUUUCAGCACAACUGUUUCAAGUUAGUUUAAAGUUAGAAGAAAAUGAUAUAAAAGCAGAGAAAAGCGAAGAAUGAGUCAGUGUGUUGUUUUGUUUGUUUUGAUCAAAUGGUUGCACGAUUUUUCAUGUGGUUUUGGUUUUUUGGUGAACUUUUUACGCCAAGAAUCGAUAUGUUUUUUAUUUGAACACUUCGGAAGUAAACCUAUUUAUAAAGAAAUCAUUUCCACUUUUUCUCACUGCUGAUCAAGCCAAAUAGAACUAUUUAUCUCAUUGGGCGAACAGUCAUUUUUAUCAUUUGAAAUGCUUUAUUUUAGAAAUGAUGACAUGUAUUACUGUGGUUUCCAAUUGAUGAAAUUGCCAGAAUUUCAUUUUUUCAUUUUUUGCUUAAUGUUCUGGGAACAUUCAGAAAAAUAAUUUUUAAUGAUUUUUAGUGGUGAGAAUUCAGAGUAAAAAUUAUUACUGUAGAUUCGAAUAUAGUUUCAGUAAUAAUGCUCCCAACUGACCCAAAUAAUAUGUGAUUUCUAAAAUUGAUCUACCUUUGUAUUUAGUUUGACCUAAAAAUAUCGUGUCUAACGAGAGACUUAGAAACAAUAUUUCUUGGAUCAAUUUUUUGUCGACCCUUUUUUCUCAUCUCAAACCCUAUUUUAAUUUCAGAAUGGCUCUUCUCCUCGAAUCGGAGACCAACUUCGGACUUUCUCUUCUUCGUCAACAAGAUUUGUCGAAUUCCACAAUUUUCUCGCCAGUCUCAAUUGCAUUGGCGCUUUCUUUGGUUCACUUGGCGGCAAAAGGCGAAACUCGCAAUCAAAUCAGAGAUGCUUUGGCGAAAGGUAUUUUUUUUUUUUAAAUUAUGGGUUCAAAACCACAAUUUUUGUGAAAGAUCAAAAGAUCAAAUAUCUUCUUUUUAUCCUGGAAAAAAAGUUUUCAAAAAAAUUCUGUAGGUUCAACCGACGAAGAGUUCGAAGCCCACUUCUCUGCCCUGAAUUCCGCACUUCUCAACGCAACCAAAGGAACUGAAGUCAACAUUGCCAAUCACAUUUUCUCGAGCGAUUCUCAUCCACCAAAACCCCAAUAUCUUCUCGAUGCCCAAAAAUUGUAUCAUGCAAAUGCUUCUUCACUCGAUUUCUCAAAUACCGAUGCAACAGCUGAUGCAAUCAAUGCAUUUGUAAAAGAAAAUACAAAAGGGCAUAUCAAAGAAAUCGUAAAACCACUUUCAAUUACACCAGAUCUUAUUGCUGUUUUGGUCAAUGCUCUUUAUUUCAAAGGAACUUGGGAUCGUAAAUUCAAGCCAACUGAUACUUUCAAGGAUAAUUUCUUCAGCAAUGCAAAUGAUCAAAAGCAGGCAAGAACUUCAAGAAUUUUUUGAAAAAUAAUUUCAAUUUAUUUUCAGGUCGAUUUUCUUCAUGCUUUCCGAGCAACCAAAAGAUUCAUUGAAACUGAUACUUGGCAAGUUGCCCAAUUUGCAUACAAAGAUGACACAUUCUCAUUCCACGUUUUCCUUCCAAAAACAAGAUUCGGUUUAGCUGAAGCUUUGAAAGGAUUGAAUGCUGCAACACUUCAACAAUUACUUGCAAAUAACGAAACUGAAUUAUUGAAUGUAAGAGAUUUAAAAAAAGGGCAGAAAAUAAUGAAAUUUUCAGGUUCAUCUUCCAAAAAUUCACAUCGAAAGUGAAUUGGCAUUGAAAGAAGUUCUCCAAAUAAGUUGGAAUUCGUGAUGCAUUCGAACAAAAUGCUGAUUUAUCAAACUUCGCUGACGAAAUCUACGUCUCAAAAGUCACACACAAAGCAUUGAUUGAUGUUGAUGAAGAUGGAACCACUGCGGCUGCUGCAACUACUGUUGAUUUUAUGACAAAAUCAGCAAUUAUGCAUUUGAAGGAGCCAAUUGUUUUCAAAGCUGAUCAUCCAUUCCUUUUUGUUUUGGCUAAAGAUACUCAUCCACUUUUUAUUGGAACACAUGUGUAA